CGCAAUGAGCAGACAUGGGGUAUUCGGAGCCGGAAUGUAUCGCGUUCAGAAACUGAGUAAUGCCGUUCGGAGAAAUUCUACCAACCUCGUUAGCGCACUUAGCCCAUUAAACGCUUGGAUUUACAACAAGGAGUCUGUCCAUGCGAAGCUUAGCAUUGCUGUUGUGUCCGUGCGUUAUCGCGGUGGUGGUGCAUCUCUGGCUGGUAGCAAACAGAACUGCCUUCUUGUUGGAUCUCAAGGAUACAGAUCGACAGCCGUCAUCCCUGGAAGUUCUGGUGGGAGUGCUGUCCGCACGCCAUCACCAUGAUCUCCGGGACGCGAUAAGGGAGACUUGGCUGGGCUACAUCAAGCAGCACCCGCAGUUCCGUCAUCGGGUGGCUGUGAAGUUUAUCGUUGGAAGCCAUGGCUGUCCAAUACCUCAAGAGGACAGGGAGGAUCCAUACUCAUGUACCUUGCUGAACCUCACUGAUCCAGUGAAUGGACAGGAAGUGGUGGUGCUCCCCGUGCCUGACGCCUCCGUGCUGGCGCCCUCCGAGGUGUCCGCGGUCAGCCUGGACCUCAAGGUCCUGCACCCCGUGGUGAUCACCCGCCUGGGGGUGUUCCCCCAUGGCCCCGACAUGGAGCUCCGGGGUAACGUGACAGUCACACUCUUCCAGGUGGACCAGGAGGAACCUGUGGUGACCGCUCAUUUCAGCCCCGUGAGUACAGGGACCAGUAUGAAUGGGGUGUGGUAUAAGGCAGUGGAGCAGUUCAUUCUGCCGAAGGGCUUUGAAGGAACUCUGGUUUGGGAGAGUUUGGACUCUACUGAUCUGGUGACUGCAAACGUCUCCAGGGUUCAGUUCAACAAUGGGGGAGGUGUAUUGAGAAUAAUGUCUAUUGAAGAAGGAACGUUGCCUCACAGAACUGCUCUUGGCUUUCCUGGUGUGGCAGGAGGGUUUAUGUUCUCGGUCUAUGAUGUGGAAGUGCUGCAGGAGAUGCUGAGGGGACGACCUGAGCGGCUGCAGGAUCAGGCCUCCAGGCUCAGACUGGAAGAUCAAGCUCUGGAUCAGGAGAGCCAUCGCCAUGGAGACAUGGUGUUUGUAGAUGUGAUUGACACCUACAGGAAUGUGCCUUCCAAACUGCUGCAGUUCUAUAACUGGUCAAUAGGAAAUGCUGACUUCAGCCUCCUCCUGAAGACGGAUGAUGAUUGCUAUAUCGAUGUGGACGCAGUAUUAAUGAAGAUAGACCACAAGCGACUCCGCAGGAGCAGUUUCUGGUGGGGAAAUUUCAGGCAGAGCUGGGCUGUGGACCGUGUUGGGAAGUGGCAGGAGUUGGAGUAUACCAGCCCAGUGUAUCCGGCUUUUGCCUGUGGCUCUGGGUACGUGGUGUCGCGAGACCUGGUGGAGUGGCUGGCCAAUAACGCAAACAGACUCAAGGCUUACCAGGGUGAGGAUGUAAGUAUGGGCAUAUGGAUGGCUGCUGUUGGGCCAGGAAAGUAUCAGGACUCGGGCUGGCUGUGUGAGAAACACUGCUACCUGGACAUGCUGUCCUCACCACAGCACUCACCGGAGGAGCUGCGGUCCCUGUGGGACAGGAAGAGGGUGUGCGGGGAUCCGUGCGGCUGCCCCUGGGGUCACCCUGACCUCUGACCUCUGUGACUCACGGGCAGUCUGAACUGAGACGAGAGCUGAGAGCUGUGUUCUGUCCCCCCACUCCCCCUCCACCGUCUCCUGACUGUGGCUGCAUGGUUGUCAGGAGCCCAUCUGGGUGUGUUUCAUGCCACUGCUGUGUACUUGAUGUCACUCAGGAGGAUUCUUGCAAGAGCUCAUUCGACGGACGUAGACUUGAUUAUUCCACGUCUGGACAAAUUAAUAUUUUUUAUAAAUUAAAUGAGGCCAUUGAAGAAUUAGCAAGCAGUGUGUUACAGUAUAACAGUGACUGAUAGUAUUGCGUAGACUUUGCUUGUAUUUUGAGUUGCAUUUUAUUGUUUUUUAGAUGUUCUAUGUCAGAUGAAUAUGCUUUUUUUGUUGAUUAGAGAAUGACAUUAUGCAGCUUUGCUACUGUGCAUUCAAUUUUGUGUUCAUGUUUGUGUCUGUGGCCUUGUCAGACACAAGCCGUUUGCCUCUGGGCUGAAUUGAGUGAUCUGCUAUGUACAGUGGAGUAUUUUAGGGAAUGGCUAGCGCGCACAACCCUUUUCCCACGUGUCGUGUCUGAAGAAGAUGCUGUGCCACUCUGAAAUGUAACAAAGAAGACAAGGCUGUGAAUAGUUCUGCUCCGAUAUGACUCACACAUAUGACUAGCACAG